AUGCGUGCUCACAAACUAGCGCUCAUGCGCGUUUGCGAAGAAGCGCUCAUGCGUGCUCACGGAGAAGCGCUCAUGCGUGCCCACGGAGAAGCGCUCAUGCGUGCUCACGGAGAAGCGCUCAUGCGUCCUCACGAAGAAGCGCUCAUGCGCGCUCACGAAGAAGCGCUCAUGCGUGCUCACGAAGAAGCGCUCAUGCGUGCUCGCGAAGAAGCGCUCAUGCGUGCUCACGGAGAAGCGCUCAUGCGUGCUCACGGAGAAGCGCUCAUGCGUGCUCACGGAGAAGCGCUCAUGCGUGCUCACGAAGAAGCGCUCAUGCGUGCUCACGAAGAAGCGCUCAUGCGUGCUCACGAAGAAGCGCUCAUGCGUGCUCACGGAGAAGCGCUCAUGCGUGCUCACGAAAAACGCUCAUGCGUGCUCACGAAGAAACACUCAUGCGUGCUCACGAAGAAACACUCAUGCGUGCUCACGAAGAAGUGCUCAUGCGUGCUCACGAAGAAGCACUCAUGCGGGCUCACAAAGAAGUGCUCAUGCAUGCUCACAAAAAAGCGCUCUUGCGUGCUCACCAUGGAGACAAGAGAGCCACCUCAUAUGCUCAAAGAAUGA